GCGGCCGAGUCCGGCCACGCCCACCGGGCGGACGCAGGCGGAGUGGUGCCACAGGGAGCCAGCUGGUUAUCGCUCUGCGGGAAGCUGUCGCGGCCGGAUAGAUUUCCACUGCGUUCUGCCGUGCGCGCUGGACGGUUGGUGACAAGCAAUGGUGCCCACUUUGGAAGGAAGCCCUGAUGCUCUGUUCCCAGAUUUCCCCAAAGGACCCCUCCACGCCUACCGAGCAAGAGCCUCCUUCAGCUGGAAGGAGCUGUCACUAUUCCUGGAAGGCGAGGACACGCUCCGCUUUAAGAAAACCGUCUUCUCAGCUUUGGAGAGCGAUCCUCUCUUUGCCCGUUCCCAUGGCACCCAUCUGUCCUUGGAGAAGUACCGAGAGCUGAACUUCCUUCGCUGCAGGCGGAUCUUCGAGUACGAAUUCCUCAGCGUGGAAGACAUGUUUAGGAGCCCUCUGAAAAUGCUGGCGUUCACUCACUGCCUGGGCAUGUAUGACUGGUCCCUGGCUGCCAAAUACUUCCUCCACACCAUGGCUUUUGGAUCAGCAAUUUACAACUCUGGUUCUGAAAGGCAUUUCGAAUAUAUUCAGAAGGUCUUCAGUAUGGAGAUUUUUGGAUGUUUUGCCCUGACCGAAGUAAGCCACGGGAGCAAUACCAAGGCCAUUAGGACGACUGCUCACUACGACCCUGCCACAGAGGAAUUCAUCAUACAUUCCCCUGAUUUCGAAGCUGCCAAAUUUUGGGUUGGCAACAUGGGCAAGACUGCCACUCAUGCGGUGGUGUUUGCGCAGCUGUACUUGCCGGGAGGCCAGUGCCACGGGCUGCAUUCCUUUGUCGUGCAGAUUCGGGACCCAAAGACCCUCCUUCCCAUGCCAGGGGUGAUGGUCGGCGACAUGGGGAAGAAACUCGGGCAGAACGGACUGGAUAACGGGUUCGCCAUGUUCCACCAGGUGCGCAUUCCUCGCCAGAACCUCCUGAACCGCGCUGGAGACGUCACCCCUGAUGGCACCUACCUUAGCCCCUUCCAGGACGCCAGACAGCGCUUUGGAGCGUCCCUGGGCAGCUUGUCCGUGGGUCGAGUCUCCAUCAUGUGCAUGGCUGUCGCUAACUUGCAACUGGCCGUGUCCAUAGCUCUUCGUUUCUCAGCCACUCGGCGGCAGUUUGGCCCAACGCAGGAGGAAGAAAUACCAGUACUAGAGUAUCAAUUGCAGCAAUGGCGCUUGCUUCCCUACCUGGCGGCUGCCUACGCCUUACACUACUUCUCCAAGUCACUCUUCCUGGACCUGGCGGAGCUGCAGCGGGGCCUUCUGGGAGGAGACCGCAGUGCCAGGCAGGCAGAAUUUGGACAUGAGAUCCACGCUCUGGCAUCGGCUGGCAAGCCCCUGGCCUCGUGGACGGCCCAGCAAGGAAUUCAGGAAUGCCGGGAGGCGUGUGGAGGACACGGCUAUCUAGCUAUGAACCGGCUGGGGGUCCUCAGAGAUGACAACGACCCAAACUGCACGUAUGAGGGCGACAACAACGUCCUGCUGCAGCAGACGAGCAACUACCUUCUGGGGCUCCUGGCACGCCGGGACCAAGGUGGAGCUCGCCUCCAGAGCCCUCUGAAGACGGUGGACUUUCUAGAAGCCUAUCCUGACAUCCUUGGCCAGAGGUUCACGGGAUCCAGCUUUGCCGACUGCCUGGACUCUGCAGUCCCCUUGGCAGCGUACAAGUGGUUGGUUUGUUACCUGCUCCGAGAGAGUUAUCAAAAAUUAAAUCAAGAGAAAAGAUCAGGAAGCAAUGACUUUGAAGCAAGGAACAACUGCCAGGUGUACUACUGCCGCUCCUUGGCGCUGGCGUUCAUGGAGCUCACAGUGGUGCAGAGGUUCCACGAGUACACGCACCAGCCGGGCGUGCCGCCCUCGCUGCGGCCCGUGCUGGGCCGGCUCAGCGCCCUGUAUGCCCUGUGGUCCCUGAGCCGGCACACGGCCGUGCUCUACCAAGGUGGAUACUUCUCCGGCCCGCAGGCAGGUAAAGUGGUGGAGAGCGCCAUCCUGACCCUGUGUUCCCAGCUGAAAGAUGAUGCAGUUGCCCUGGUAGACGUGAUUGCUCCUCCUGACUUUGUUCUGGACUCACCCAUUGGCAGAGCCGACGGAGAGCUCUACAAGAACCUCUGGGGCGCAGUCCUCCAAGAGAGCAGCGUGCUGGAGCGGGGGUCCUGGUGGGCCGAGUUCUCCCACAACAAACCCGUCUUAGGAAGCUUGAAACCAAAGCUGUAGUCGCAACAGCACACAUUCAGCUAAAUCUAAUUAAGCUAAUUGAACUAAUUAAUUCAUGGGCGUCAAACUCAAGUUCCAGAAGACACCAGAAAUUUCCGCUGCUUCCUGCACAUGCGCCUCUAUGCUUUGUCCACUGCCUGGCUCCUCCCUGCAGAGGUGACCAGAGGUGGUCUCCGGAGGGCUGACCUGGGAUCCUUUGGCUUCGGGGAGCACUUAGGGAGCAACUUGGAUGGUCACAUCUUCCUGAUGAACUGCAGGACUUGUGAUAACUAGAAUUCUGCAUGCUCGAUCUUCAGAUGCAGCUGCCCGAGACAUAGCAGACUGCUCAUAAUUGGGGGUUUUCUGCUCUGACGACUCUGCAGAGCUCCGCUUCGCUGAGGAGCUGGGAACGAUUCUCUGUAGGCUCCACUUUCACUUUAUCAUGUAAUCAAAUUAUAACCUAUUUGCACAAAGACCAAAUGCCAUAGUUUAAGAUUUUUAAGGGGGGAAAAUCUAUUUUAAUACUUUUUUUGUGGAACUGAAAGUUUCCAUCGAGGAAAUGUUUCCAAAGAAAAAAUGAGUAAUGAUUUGAAUGUCUGGACAAUUCAGUCUCCAACCUCCCAAUUGUACACAAAUUACUUUACACGUGAUGCAUUUCAUCGUUUUGUUGCCAAAGUAGGUGAAGAGCUCAGUGCUGUGUGCCCAGCAAACCGUUUCUCUGCUGUGGCCUGUCCCCACAGUGCCAGCCACAGACUGCGGGGGUCAGCACACCCCUCCCCCGGUCACUGCUGCCUCCCCCUCGGACGACGGGCUCGGCCGGGCGUUCCCACUCGUGGGUUCCGCGUCAGCACUGCCCGAGCUCGAGUCAGCCCAGCUCUCGGGGCCUGUGUCAGCAGCAGGGGCGCUGGUCACCAGUGUCCUCCGACCUCUGUGGUGUGGGCACCCUGUCACCUUGUCCACUCUGUGACUGUGACCACCCUGUGUCACCAUGGGCCAGCAAAGACAUGACACAAGCUCUCCUGGGGUGGUGCUGAACCAACGAGGGCCAGUUCUUUAUGUUUCCAAACAGCCCAGAGAACUUCGGAGUGUCCAAAGGACAUGGUCGAGAAUCUGUUUCUAAAGACCGAGCUUCCGGCGCUGGCAGCCUUUUGACUUCCCAAGCCUGUUUUCCUGGCUACAAAAGGUGCAGACCCUCCUUCCUUCAGGGCCCUGGGCACCUGCGGGGUGGCUCGGGCCCACUUCAGUGAGCACCUUGGCGCUUCCAGUUCAUCGUCUGAUUGGGCAGCUGUGCGGUGGGCAUGCUGCCAGCUGCUUCUCAGAGGAGGAAACUGGCCCCGAGAGGCUGAGCCACUGCCGUGGGCAGGUGGCCAGAGGAUGGCUGAACUGGCCCAGGGGCCCGCCCUGGAGGAGGGGCUGGGCAUCGGACAUUGCUGGUGUCCACUGUGGUCGUAACCAGAGCAGCCCCACCUUUCACCUCCCUCUGGUUUGGAAGCUUCCCUGGGUGGAAGGAAACUCUUCAUGGUUUUCAGUGAUUUGUGCAUUAUACUCCACUCUUCCUGCUUUCAACAAAAAUGGAACAAAAGAAGGUAUUCCAGACCCUUGCCAGUGGAGGUGGGUUGGCUGUGAGUGCAAACUCAGAUUACACGCCAGAGGGAGGGCUCGUUCCUCAGGGAGGCCUCAGAGGCCCAGGGGCCCCCAAGGCCAGCCCCCCACCCAGGUCCCCAGCCGGAGGAGUUGGAGUGCCUGCUGCCACUCUGGCUUUCUCAGUGCGCUUCCGCCUCACAUGCCCCACCCCGGCACCAGGAGAAUUUGUAUCUUUAUAGCGAGUCCUCUUUCCAUCUAAGACUAUUCUUCAAAUUGUUUUUAAUAAAAAGCUGUCUGAUUUUUGUAUGUUUA